AUGCAUAUCUCCAAGCUUCUCCUCCUUUUCCCGGCUUUGUUGGCCAGUAUUUCCGAUGCCCACCCUCUCGCCCCGUAUAAAACCUUCGAGGUCCUCCCUUCUGCUCCCAAUGGCUGGGAGGCGGUCUCUGAAAAAGCUGUAGAUCUUUCUACUCCCAUCAAACUACGCAUUCAUUUGGCCCAGCAGAAUGUCCCUCAGUUCGAAAAGGCUUUAAUUGACAUGAGCACUCCGGGACACCCCUCUUACGGCAAUCACAUGAGCCAGGCACAAAUUGACGACAUAUUACGCCCACACGAAGACACAGCUGCCGCUGUCAGAAGUUGGCUAGAAUCGAAAGGGUUCGAGAAAGAUCUGAGCUUUAAAAAUGACUGGAUCGUUGUUUCUACAACCAUUGGGAAGGCUGAGUCACUACUUGACGCGAAAUACAAAGUCUUUCGAAACUCGGAAACUGGAAAGAAUGUUGUUCGCACACUCUCCUACAGUGUUCCCCGUAACCUACACUCAAGUGUCACAUUGAUCCAACCAACUACUUUGUUCGGAAGCACAAGCGCUAUGAAGAGUACCAUAUUAAAAGUCGAGGAUCCCAGCGUUCUCAAAACAACUUUCCUUUCAAAGCCAAAGCUCGAAGGCAUUGAUGCAGCUUGUCAAAGCAGCAUCACACCCGACUGUUUGGCGAACCUCUAUAAGUACAAAGAUUAUAAACCUACUUUGACAAAUAAUAAGCUUGGUGUCAACGGUUUCCUCGAACAAUACGCUCAAAACGAUGAUUUGGCAAAGUUCUUGGCAAAAUAUUUCCCAAGUUCGAAGAACGUCACGUUCACCUGCACCCCCAUCAAUGACGGCAAAUGUACUCAACAUCCAAGUGAGGAUUUUACUGAAGCAAAUUUGGACAUCCAAUACACGGUCGGCGCUAGCAAUCCCAUCCCUAACAUUUAUUACUCUACCGCCGGAAGACCACCAGUUGUCGAUCUUGACCCCAAUACCAACGAACCCUAUCUUGAGUGGCUCGAGUAUAUGCUGAAUCUCUCUGAUGAGCAACUGCCUCAAACCAUCACAACUUCGUACGGCGAUAAUGAACAUACUGUUCCACAGUCCUAUGCCAUCAAAGUUUGUAAUAUGAUCGGCCAGCUUGGAGCUCGAGGUGUUAGCGUUCUCUUCAGUUCUGGUGACUCUGGCCCAGGUGAUGACUGUACUGGAAAGGACGGCAAGAAGAGAUUUGUUCCAACUUUCCCGGCCACCUGCCCCUUUGUUACUUCUGUUGGCGGAACCGUUGGAGUCCAACCAGAGAAAGCCGUAUCCUUCAGCUCUGGCGGCUUCUCAAACUACUUCUCACGUCCAGAUUACCAGGAAUCAGCCGUGAGCAACUACCUAUCAUCUCAAACCGAUGCAACGACUUUUAAAAACUACUACAAUGCAUCAGGAAGAGCCUUCCCAGACAUUUCAGCUCAAGGAUCUCGAUUCCACGUCUUUGUCCGCGGGUAUGAUCAGCUCGUCUCAGGAACUUCCGCUAGUUCUCCAGCUUUCGCCGCUGUCAUCUCCCUUGUAAAUAAUGAUAGGAUCAGCGGAGGCAAGAAGCCAUUGGGUUUCCUCAACCCAUGGCUAUAUACAAUCGCGACCGAAAAGAAAGGAAUCGUCGAUAUUACAUCCGGGGCUAGCAGGGGAUGCUCUGGAAGCAUUUCUGGUGCCGGUUGGAAGGCGACGACGGGGUGGGACCCCGUCACAGGCCUCGGUACCCCAGAUUUCAGUGUGCUUAAGGAUUUGUGA